AUGUCGGACGGACGCUGUAUUCAUUGUGGUCAGAAAGGACAUUACUCCAUGAUGUGUCCCAAGAAACCCAACUCUGUAUCAUUUAUGAACUAUGAUACUACUUGCAUAGAAUAUAGCAACUAUCAAAGCAAUACCAACAACAAUAAUAACAUAUUAUCUUUCAAGAUAGGCAAGAAACGUCGAUUCUCACUUGGAUUUAUUUAG